AUGAGGCCACAUCACCCAAUUUUUUUUCUUUUUCCCUCCGCAACACACCGUCGGUGCACACAGUUCUCUCCCUUUCUCCCUCUCGCCCUCGCUCUCCCUCUCAAACGCUCUCUCUCUCUCUCUCUCUCAGACGCUCGCUCAAUCUAUCCCUCUCUGAGCACUCUCCAUCUCUGGUUUGGGUCCAGCGUUAAGAUCUCUCUCAAAGCCGAUACUGCUACUAAGCAAGAUAUGCUCUCUCUUCUUCAAGAUAUUGUGCCUGCAGCCGGGAACAACAUAAAUACACAGUUCAUAGUUUUGAACAAAGGCAAGAAAACAUUAGAGGGCCAAAAUAAGACAUGUUUGGCACUUGUUGCUGACGAGACAGCUGCAGUUCACUUUCAGCUCUGGGGAGAUGAGUGUGAGGCCUUUGAGCCGGGUGAUAUUAUCCGUCUCACCGGCGGAAUAUUUUCUUGCAACCGGAAAAAUUGGUUGCUGAGGGCAGGCAAGAGAGGGAAGGUAGAGAAGGUGGGAGAAUUCACAAUGGCCUAUGUUGAGACACCCAACAUGAGUGAGAUCGACUGGAUUCAUGACCCAAGUAAGUCCAAGUUUGUGAAGAAGGCUGUCAUUUCUCCUCAUUCACGCAUUUUUCCUCCAAUACCUUAAAACUGUUGUGCCUUUUGCUUUCAUGUAAUAGUCCACCAAAAAGCUCAGACUUCUCAUGCCUUUGAGCAAUAUAUCUAUGAUGUAUUGUAGAAUUCGACCCGCUCGUGUUCCUUGUUCUUAUGCUCUAAAUUUAGUUAAUCAAAGAUGAUGUGAUUGUCAUAUCAGUUUAUGCAAAUGAAGAAAUGCUUCCAACCA